AUGUCAGAUUUAUCACUACCACCAGCACAAGGUGAAGAAAUUCAAAAGGAAUUAACAAUUGAAGAAGAAUAUCAAUUAUGGAGAAAGAAUUGUAGAUAUAUGUAUGAAUUUGUUUCUGAAACUAAUUUAUUAUGGCCUUCAUUAACUAUUCAAUGGUUCCCUAAUUAUUCUCGAGAUGAAGAUGAUGAUAUAUUAAUUAAUGCUCAAUUAUUAAUAGGUACAAAUACAUCAGGUCAAGAGACUAAUUAUUUGAAAAUUGCAGGUACUCAAAUUUCAGAUGAUGUUAAAAUUCGAGCAAAUCCAAGAAUUAAUAUAACUUCAAAAUUUAAAAAUGAUUAUGAAAUAUGUAGAGCAAGAUAUAUGCCACAAGAUCCAAAUAUUAUAAGUACUAUAAACGGAGCAGGUGAGGUUAACUUAUACAAUGCCAAAGAUUCAAAUGAAACUAGUUAUUCAUCAUUUAAACCACAUUCAGAUAAUGGGUAUGGAUUAUCAUGGAACCCAAUUAACAAAGGAUUAUUAUUAACUGGUGCGGAUGAUAAUUUAACAUGUGUUAGUGACACUAAUAAAGAUAAUAUAUUACUUUUUAAAUCAGAAGCAGCUACAAAUAUUGUAAAUGAUACAAAAUGGCAUAAUUUUAAUGAAUAUUUAUUUGCUUCUGUUUCGGAAGACGAAUUUACUUAUUUAUUUGAUUUAAGAAGUGGUGACGUAGUAUCUAAAUAUCAUGCUGUGGGUAGUACAGGGAUAAAUUCAUUAACAUUUUCACCAUUUUCUCAUAAUAUAUUAGCUAUAGGUAAUGCAAAUUCAAAUAUAAACUUAAUAGAUCUAAGAAAAUUAUCAUCAAAUGGAAAUUCAGGUUUAUUACAUACAAUGAUGGGACAUAGUGAAGGUAUAACUUGUAUGGAAUUUUCACCACAUCAAGAUGGUAUAUUAGCUAGUGGUUCACAAGAUAGAAGAAUAAUAAUAUGGGAUUUAUUUAAAAUUGGUGAAGAGCAAUUACAAGAAGAUGCAGAAGAUGGUGCACCUGAAUUAUUUAUGAUACAUGCUGGACAUACACUGGGUGUUACUGAUUUAACAUGGUGUCCAUAUAGAAAUUGGACUUUAGGAUCAGCUGCAGAUGAUAAUAAAGUACAUUUAUGGGAGAUAAGUUCCAAAUUACUGAAUAAUCAUGAAGAAGAAGACGUAGAACCUGACUAUUUAGAAUAA